AUGUUCCCUGCCAGCAUCCCUGUCCCCUUUCGUUUUGUCUGUCUCCCCCUGCUGUUAUACAUCCACUUCUCCUUGAAGCCGCCCGACGCCGCCAAUAACACCACCAUUGCGCCUAUCAUCAACGUCGUGAGAGCCAAGCAGAACGAGACACCGGCACCCACGGUAGCCAUGACCACAGUCCCCUUCACUAGGGACAACAACACCCCCUCUACACCCGAGCAAGAGGCGGCGUCGCAAGCCGUGCUCCGAGGCAUGCGACUGCUUGGCGUCGAGCUUUCCAAAACGGUCGCGGCCAAGGUCGCGACCAGCCAUGCUGGCAUGAUGGUCAUGGGCAGGUUCCUCCUAGAAGGCCCCCAUGCCGACACGACGCCCAUGGACAGGUUCCUCCUGGAGAACCCCCAUGCUGAUGUGGCGAUGGCUGAGCCUGAGGGUGAUGCCGCGGAUGAAAGCAAGAUGGACGCGGACAAGCCUUAG